CCCGCCUUUCCCCGUCCGGAUAUAUAAAACAGAGGCAAAACUGACCUGCUUGUCAUUUGAUUUACAACUCGAACAUCAAGAUGAUGUUGUCCCAAUUGAACGAGCUUCAAAAAGAAACGUUUGCUCAGCUUAAGGAAAGCAUCAAAGAUUGCAAAUUGAUUGACUCGAGUGAUGACUACGUCGUCAAAUGGCUUGUUGCUCGUAAUUUUGAUGUCGAUCAAGCUGAGAAGAUGCUUCGACGCUCAUUGGAAUGGAGGCGCGCGAACCGAAUCGACGAAAUCGUAGAGCAAUGGGAGCCACCUUUGGUUCUGGUCAAAUACUAUCCAAUGGGAAUUAUUGGUAACGAUAAACAAUCAUGUCCUGUGUGGAUCGUGUCGUUCGGCAAUGCUGAUUGGAGGGGAAUUCUGCAAUCGGUCAGUAAACGAGAUUAUUUGCGGUACAUUUGUUACAUGGCCGAAAAGAGCUUCAAAGAAAUGAGGAAGAAUUCUUUGCAAACACAAAAACCAGUCACGUAUCAGACGUUUAUUAUCGAUAUGGAUGGAUUAUCGAUGAGACAAAUGUCCUACAAGCCUUUUAGAGAAGUUGGAAUCGAAGGGAUCAAACUAUCCGAGGCAAAUUAUCCAGAAAGUCUUCGUCGUGUAUUCAUAAUCAAUGCGCCCAAGGCCUUCACUUUCGUCUUUUCUAUGGUGAAACCAUUUCUGCACCAGGUGACGUUGGACAAAAUCAGCGUCUUUGGCUUCGACAAAAAUGAAUGGAGCGCUGCUUUGCUGAAAGAAAUUGAUGCGGAUCAACUUCCAGUUUAUUAUGGCGGCACGAUGACGGACUCAAAUGGAGACCCUAAAUGUUCCAGCAAGAUUUGCUUGGGUGGAGAAGUACCACCAUCAUAUUACAUGGAAGUGGUGAAACCGACGCCCAAGGAGUACAUGACGUCUUUGACGUUGUCUAGUGGCAGUAAGAAAAAACUUGAGUACAAAAUUAUUCAAACCAAUUCCGUGCUCAGGUGGGAAUUUAUGACGGAGGAAGGGGACAUUGGCUUCGGUAUCCAUUACGUGGAGCGAAACGGUGAGAGGGUAGAUCUAGUCAACAACGAAAGAGUUGAAAGUAAUUUAAUUAUGGAAGAAGGCGAGGUUGCAUGCACUCGGCCAGUCCUCUAUGUUGUGGAAUUUGACAAUAGCUACAGUUUCUUACGGUCAAAGAAAAUCUGGUACCGCAUCAUCGUCGAUCUCCCUUCAUCCAAUGUACCGUACGAGGAAUUCGAUCCGAAAGAAGAAUGAAAUUGGAAAUGGUUGACAACUUUUAUUGCUUUAGACAAACGUUUAUAGUUCUGUAAAGAAUUAUUACCAGCAUGCUGUUGCGGAAUUUUACAAGUGUUGUUAACAAGGUUUACGUUUUCUCAAAUCUAUCAUUGUCGCUUUAUCUGAUCAAGCAUAACGUAUUCGAUUCGCGCGAAAAAAUUACGUUAAGCCCAACAAAUUGGUAAUUAAUGUUUUAAUGAAUUAAAGUUUUCAGCUAAAGUGUUUGGCUAUGUUCAUGUUUGUUUGUUUUUUAAAGCUUUAAUUUGCAGUUUUUGUAGGAUACAGCAGAGUUCGUAAUUUUAAGACAUCCGUUCGCUAGAAAGGUCAUGUAAGUUCACUAUCGUUAAAUUCAUGCCAUCUGUUAGUUUUCGAGGAGUUAUAGCAUGCUGCAGCUGCGUAUGUUUAUGAUUUGAAUGUGUUCCCUAAUGUAUGCAUGUGUGGCCUACCCUGUUCUUGCCAAAUGGAGAAAAAUCGAGUGUUUACUUGACACUACAUAAUCUGGAAUUCGGAACAGUGUGUUUAUUCUAUCCGAUAUGUUUUUAGAAAAGCCUUUAUGUGCUAUGUAGUCUCCGUCUGUUUAAUUAAACAUUCAAUACGA